AUGAUGGAAGGGGAUAUCAAAGCGGAGCAAGUUCAACAUCCGAGUCCCCUAGAGGAUAUAUUGGAGCACACAGACGUUUCGGCGCAGCCAUCGGCUAAAGGCAAGAACAAGAGCAAGGAUAAGGAUUCUGGAGGCGCCGCUACGAAAAGGCGAUGUGUGAGCACGGCUUGCAUUGCCUGCCGUAAAAGGAAGAGCAAGUGUGAUGGCAAUUUGCCCAAAUGCGCUGCUUGCGCAUCGGUCUACUUGACCGAAUGUGAAUAUGCGCCACACACCGACCAUCGGCGCAAAGGGGUUUACAAAAAGGAUGUGGAUGCCUCCAAGACCAAGAAUUCCACACUCCAGAUCCUCGUACAGGCUAUCCUGAAUGCUGAGGAGGAGGAUGUCAUGGAUCUGGUCCGGCAGAUACGGACAUGCGACAAUCUAGAAGAACUUGCGGUUACCAUAGACGCUCAAGAGAAAGGCCUGAUGGAAGGGCACGAUGACUCUCCAAUGUAUGAGGCUGAAUCUGGCGUACCGAAAUUUGAAGCCGAACUUUCUGGGAAGAUGGGCGAUCUGAUGCUGGACGGGUCUGUCAAAUUCAUUGGGGGAACGUCGAAUUUGAUCUGGCUUCCUGAGGAAUAUGAACAUCGAGGCACACACAGCUCACCAACUUACCAGCGGGUCGUGGUGCAACCUCACGAAGAGGCUGUUCUUUCAUGGACGACCGUCACCCAAGACAAAGAGGCAAUUCUCCAUUUUAUGAACAUGUACUUUUGCUGGCACUACGCCUUCUUCACGACCUUGGCCAAGGAACUUUUCUAUCGAGAUUUCCUCACCGGGACAUCCUCACAGUACUGCUCGCCUCUCCUUGUCAAUGUUAUGCUAGCGCUCGGGUGCCACUUCUCAUCCCGACCUGAAGCAAGAGCGGAUCCAGCGGAUUCUGGGACCACUGGUGACCACUUCUUUGCAGAAGCUAAAAGGCUCCUUUACGAGAACGACGAGUUUGCCAACGCGAAACUAUGUACAGUCCAGGCUCUGGCUUUGAUGUCCGUCAGAGAAGCCGGAUGCGGUCAUGAAAGCAAGGGCUGGGUAUACAGUGGCAUGAGUUUUCGAAUGGCUUGUGAUCUCGGAUUGAACGUGGAUACGGUGCCUAUCAAUGAAAUGUCACGCUUGACAGAUGAGGACAUUGAUGCGAGGCGGAUAACCUUCUGGGGUUGUUUCCUCUUUGACAAGUGCUGGUCUAACUACCUGGGACGGCAACCUCAACUUUUAACGCCAAACAUCACCAUGAAGAAGCCUGACGUGUUCCCAUCGGAAGACAGUGAAAUGUGGUCGCCAUAUACAGACUCGGGCAUCAUUCAGGCCCAUGCGCAACCGGCGCGUACCAGAGCUGUUGCAUUGCAACUGUCUAAACUGGCCGAGAUUUCCAGCGAUCUCCUGACAUCGUUCUAUAAUCCGCAGAUGCUCGAUAAACCUCCUCCGAGACAAACCGAACUCAAACGACUGAGCGAUCUACAUACUAGAUUGGAAGCGUGGAAGCAAGGGUUGCCGCCUGAACUGGAACCGAGGGAGGGCCAACUCCCCCAGGUCCUGCUGAUGCAGUAUGUCUCUGAAGUUCCAUAA